AUGAGCCACAAUGAAAAACUGAAGUUUCGUGGUGAUGAUGAAGUGCUUAAGGAACUGUGCAAGACCAAUGGCAUAGCUUAUGACAAAAUUGCACAUGAAGGAACAUCUGUCAACUCCCUGGAGAUAUUCUUCUCUGGUUUCCCACGCAUGGUUGGACUUUCAUUUUUCCCCAGACUUUGUCAGUUGACUAUAGUCGGCCAGAGCUUGGAGAUCAUUGAAGGCUUGGAGGGCUGUCCAAUGCUCCGUGAUCUCUGGGUAGCUCAGUGCCAUGUUAAGGAUAUUACUGGCCUAGAGAGCUGUUUACAACUGAAGAAACUUUAUCUUUAUGAUAAUCAAAUUAGCAAGAUACAGAAUUUGCAAAUGCUGGUCCAUCUACAAGUCCUGUGGCUCAACAACAACUGCAUCAGUGAGAUACAGGGGCUUGACAACCUUGAACAACUCAGAGAAUUAAAUUUAGCUGCCAAUUGCAUUGAAAUGAUUGGGCGUCUGUUGGAGCCUAAUGUUAAUCUACAAAACCUCAACCUAUCCGGAAAUCGAAUUAAAUCAUUUAAGGAACUGACCUACCUUGCUCAUUUACCACAACUCACAGAGCUAGCCCUCAACGAUCCAACUUCAGGUCCUAACCCAGUUUGUCUGCUGUGUAACUAUGCAACACAUAUUCUGUAUCACAUGCCUGGCCUCCUUUGCCUUGAUACCUAUAGUGUGUCAAACAGCCAAGUCAAGGAAGUUGCUGAGUCUACUGUACUAAAGAAAAUGAUGUAUUACAACAUGCGUGUGCGCAUGGUUCAGAGGAUGCUGGCAGAGACCGUGCACAAACUGGCAGAGAAAAAGCAAACUGUGCUGCAGAUCCCUGAAGAAAGAAUCAGAACGUUAACCUAUUCAUUCAAAAUGUACUUUGUUUUACAAUUGCGCUGUUAUGUGUCUGUGCAGCUGGAGCGAGAGCUCUCACGAUUGGCUGGUGACAGCAAAGUAUCUACAGGACUCAGCUCAGAGGAAGCCCUGUCUGUUAGAGUACACUCUGAAGGUCAAAAUAAUGGCAUCAGUCUAGAUUCAAAUUUGGAAGAAGGAAUUCUCCUGAAAAUGACCUCAAUAAGAGAGAGACUGGCACUGUGGGGCAAAAAGAUGGAUGAAGUGGAAGCACUCCAUGAGCGAGAGGUUGCUCAUGUUAGAAGCUGUGUGGAAUAUGCCAUCCAGUUUCUCUUGAUGGAGCUAGAAAGUGUUGGAAACAUUCGUUUUGAGGAAGGCUGUUCCGCCAACCCCUGGUUUUCUAUCUGCUGUGACCUCCUUCAUUUGCGCUUCUGUCACUCAGAUUACAGGGCCUAUGAUGUUACUGGAGUAAAAAUAAACAAAGUGAUUCGUAUUCACAACACUGCUCUGAGGCUUCGGUUUGAAGAGAAACUGCAGAUGCUGCUCAAUGAUGAAUCAUCAUCUCUUCCCCAGAAUUACAGACAAAGACUGGAAUACUUGUUCUAUGUCCCUAACCCAGCAAAAGUCCCUGAAAAGGAGGACCUUUUGCAUAUUUUAGAAAAUGGCUUUAAAACUGCUGAACAAUUUAAGGCUCUAGGAAGAGAAGAGGCUAUUCCUUUGUCCAACAGCCUGUAUUUCAGUGAACAGUAUCGGAUUGAGAGCGCAAUGUCUGACACCAGUCACAGUUCUUUCCAUAUUAUGGAUGAUAGCCUUCUCUGUCAUGGCUGGGUUAUACUUUCCAAAGUAUUUCUUGGAAACAGCACACCAAUAAGAAAUGGUGAAUCUGUGGAAAAAAACAACUACCCCACAGCCCAUUCUGUGUACCUAAACACUGGCACAAAAAACAAAACAACCACCAAAGAAGUGCCUAGCUCUCCCAGAGCACACGGAUCUGAGUCCUGUCGUCAACACAGAAAAUGGUUCAUAUUUGACAAUGAACUUGUUCUACCAGAGUACAUCAUAUAUUUUGAAUAUGUCACUACGAAUCAAGAAAAGACUAACCAUAUGUAUAACACAGAGAAAAAUAGUACUUCUCCCAGUGAGAUAGUUGUGGACAGGGAAGUGCUCAAUAUGGAGCCAGUGCUGAAGGCACAGCCCAAACUGUUGAGCAUGGAUGAGAAGAUGCUGCUAAGUGUGACUCAGGCAAAUAUGUCCAGUCAGAUAACUGUGCUGAACUUGCAUGGCAACAGUCUGAGCAAGCUGAAGGAAAUUAGUCGCAUUUCAACUCUCAGGCACCUCUGUAUCAGCUUUAAUGAAUUCACACGGCUGGAUGACAUUCGCAGCAUGCAUAAUCUUGAGUUUUUGGAUGCCAGCUUUAAUCGCUUGGUUACCCUCGAAGGAAUGAAGAACUUGCCAAAGCUCAGAGACCUUGAUGUGCGGUGGAACAAGCUGACCAGGGCCAGAGAAGACACAAUGGUUCUGAUGAAACACACACCCGUUCUAUUAAGACUGGACACAAGACACAACCCAUGGAAAAGGGCAAAGUCAGUUCGAAAGAUCAUAUUGGCUGGUUUGAAGUCACUCACACGCCUGGAUGAUGAACUCAUCACUGAAGAGGAAGCUACUGAGGCUGUUGGAGCUGCAGAGACAAGAAUCACACAGACUUGUCUUUUAGUGCACUCCUCUACAAAUGCUGAACGCCCACGAAGCCUCAGUCUGCUUUCUACAGCCCACUUCUUGUGCGAACUCAGUCACAAUAUGUGGAACAGUCUUCAGCCAGACUGGAUGUCUAAGAUAACAGCUCUGAACCUUGAUGGCUUGAGGAUUUCAAAGCUGUCUAACCUUAAUGGACUAGUAAACUUGCGCUGGGCCUCCUUUAAUGAUAACGACAUUGCCGAAGUGGAAGGACUUGACUGCUGUCUGAAGUUAGAGGAACUUUCACUAAAUGACAACAACAUCACUACUGUAACUGGUCUAUUGAAACUCACUUCUUUAAAUAGACUGAGUUUGGAUGGAAAUCAACUGACUUCACUAGAACCUUUGGUUUUGGAGCAGCUGUCCAGUCUCACUUUUCUCUCACUGGACAAAAACCACAUCACUUCUCUCCAUGGGAUUCAGAGAGUCCGAUCACUUUUGGAGCUGUACAUCGGCAACAACCACAUAUCUACAACUCUGGAUAUCUUUUAUCUGAAGGGAUUAACAAAUCUCAUCAUUCUGGAUUUGCAUGGAAAUCCACUGGUUGAGAAAUUGGAAAAUUAUCGCAUUUAUGUAGUCUUUCAAAUAUCUUCGUUGAAAGCUUUGGAUGGCAUCGCUGUGGAAGAAACUGAAUGUAAAAAUGCAAAGGGCAUGUUUAGUGGGAGAUUAACAUCGGACAUGGUGUUUGAGAAGCUGGGCCAUUCAAAGUACUCUGAAAUUACAAAUCUUUCUAUGGUGUCCAACUCCAUAAGAAUGGUUGAUUUGUCCCCAGCUGACUUGUUUGACGCCCUGCAACAUAUAAAUCUGGACCACAACAACCUCACCUCCUUCUCUGGCCUCAUCUACCUGCCUAAUAUAAAAUCUCUUAGUCUGAACUACAACCACAUUGAGUCCAUCUUGCCACGACGGAAGGCCCAAGCUCACCUGACAAAACGACAGCUUCUGCACAACAAAGUUCACUCCAGUGGUUACGGCCAGCAGAGACAGACCAAGAGCAACAGGGAAGCUGUACCCUUUGGCAGCCUGGAGCCGCUGAUGGGGAGUCUGGAGGAGCUGCAUUUGAGUCACAAUGGCAUCUCCAAUAUGGCCAAUCUUCAGCUCAGCAGGCUCACCAAUCUGAAGGCACUCUUUCUUCAAGGUAAUGAGAUCAGCCAGGUAGAGGGACUGGAAGGACUCCACCUUCUCAGAGAACUAGUGCUGGACAAAAAUCUAAUCAAAGUCUUUUCCGAGAACUCUUUUACUGGGCAGGGUGCACUUUUAGAACUUUCCCUGUCAGAGAACCGUGUCCGCGAGCUCAGCCACCUGGAGCACCUGACAGAGCUACGGAAGCUCUCCCUAGACUCCAACAAGCUGCAGGAUACUGCAGAGUUGGAGAAACUAGAAGCCCUCCCUUCACUGACAGAACUUUGUGUGACCGGCAACCCUGUGGCCCGUAGCUCUGUGUACAGAGCAGCCGUGGUUCUGCGCCUGUCACAGCUGCAGAUUCUGGAUGGAGUAGUCAUAACUGUAGAGGAGAGGACCAGAGCCGAGCUGCUCAACACAGAGUCCUCGCCAUGCCCACAGUUCAGCACUGAGAUAAACCUGUCCGGACUGUUGCCACUUAUGUCACGCAACACUUUAAGAACCAUAACCACCAUGAGCGGAGGGCUGCAGAACCUCAUCCAAGGACAGGACAGUUCAUUGACUGCUGCAGAUGAGACCCCACAGCAUCUCAGCUACAAAUAUAAGAAGCACAAACACUGUAAUCCAGCUAGGAGUGAGAUGAGAUCAACGUGCAGAACUGGAGGGAGCCUGUCCAUUACUGGUUUAGCUAUGACAUAUGCCCAAGGAGAGCAGAAAGGCAGGUCAGUUAAGUCCCUGCACCUGUCACAGCUGCAGAUUCUAGAUGGAGUAGUCGUAACUGUAGAGGAGUGGACCAGAGCCGAGCUGCUCAACACAGAGUCCUCGGUGAGCAUCACUGAUUCUUGA